GCAGUGAAUAAUGCAAAGAGCUUCGAGGAUAUUAACCAGUAUCGGGAGCAGGUGAAGCGAGUGAAAGACGCGGACGAAGUGCCUAUGGUUUUGAUUGGUAACAAAGUGGAUUUAUCGGUGCGGACAGUUGAGACGGCGAAGGCGGAGGCAGUUGCGGAGGAGUACAACAUUCCCUAUGUGGAGACGUCGGCAAAAACGCGUCAGGGGGUGGAAGAAGCCUUUUUCACUCUCGUCAGGGAAAUCCGCAAAUUCGUAAGUUCUCUCUUUUUUAUAUGCUUAGGAUUUCUAGUGUUUUUGAUGAAUUCUCUAAUUAAUUUUACUUCCUUUAGUCUUUUAUGCAUUUAA